GGAGAAAAAUCACAAUAUUCAAAAUUGGAAAAAAAAUAACUUUUUUACAGUUUUAAGGGUAGGGACUAGUCACUAGUAAAAACUGAGACACUGAGUUCUAGACUUCCAAAGACAGUAAAGACUGUCUUCGCCUAGAUACACGGAGUCAAAAGAUCCUACGAAGCAGCCAUUGAAACCCGCUUUCAUCUUAACAUUCUUAACGGGGCUGUGACCCCUUCGUCACCCAGCAAUGGAAGACUCAAUAUUUCAACUAUUUAUUGUCGGCAUUUUAUGGGGAUGUACAAAUCCACUUCUGAAAGCUGCGACCACUAAAGUUAAAAGAAAUAAGACAUAUAAUUUAAUUUCAGAGGUCACUGAUCAUUUAACCAAUUGGCAAUACUUGAUACCAUUUCUUAUCAACCAAUGUGGUUCUCUAUUGUUCUAUGUCACCCUUAAAUACUCAGACAUAUCGUUAGCUGUUCCUAUUGCAAAUGGAGUUUCAUUAGUAAGUACAUCAAUCGUAGGCACUUUGAUUGGAGAAGAAAAGCCAAAAUUGCGUAAGUUUAUUUUUCAAUUAACAUUACAUAAUAUUGUCAUACACAAAUUUUAUUGAUUAUGUCUUAUCAAAACAAAUUU